CAGUUACUGAUAAGAGCAAGAACAUAUCAAUAGCGUAGGUACCAAAUACUCAUAACGUUUUACGGCAGUCGUAGUUUGCGAUAGUGUAGAAAAUGUUCCUGCAAAUUUUACUCUCGAUUUGCACUUUCGUAAUCGGUUUACAUCUAUACUUUCGAUAUAAGUACAGCGGUAGAUUAAUCAACAAAAUUAAAGGGCCGAAGCAAACGUUCUUGUUUGGGAACCUCUUGGAUAUUUUCAUUAGUCCCGAAAUCCUGUUCCACAAGCAAAUAGAAUGGCGUCAAAAAUAUGGCCCUACUUGGAAACUGACUGCUUUUAAUUAUAGGUCUGUGUAUAUUUAUAAACCUGAGGACAUUGAGGUAGUUUUGUCAUCGACGCGAUAUAUAGGAAAAAAUUUGCCGUACAAUUUCUUAGUGCCAUGGCUCCAAGAAGGACUUCUAACGAGUCAAGGUGAAAAAUGGCAUCAUCGCCGCAAAAUGUUGACUCCAGCAUUUCACUUCCAGAUUCUCAAGAAGUUCUUUCCAACUUUCUGUGAACAUUCCAAAGAACUGGUCAACAAUUUAGAAAAGGAGUUGUACAAGGAAAAAACUGAUUUGUUCCCUAUUAUAAGCAAGGCUACACUUGGAUUAAUAUGUGAAACUUCAAUGGGUGCAACUACAGGUGAAGAUAUAGAAUUUUUGAAAAACAAAUAUUUUAAGCCCUUGCACACAGUGGCUUGGACAAUGAUGUAUCGGAUCACAAGAAUUUGGCUGUUCACAGACACACUGUUCAAACUGACUAACGUUGCUAAAAUACAAAACGCUGCGUUAAAAACUUUGAACAAAUUCACAACACAAAUUAUACAAGAUAGAAGAAAAUAUAGAAAACAUAAUAAUAUAACUGGUUACUAUAUUCACACUGAAGAUGAUGACGAUAAAAAUUAUGGGAAAAAAGGCAAACUAGCCAUGUUAGAUCUUUUGCUUGAUGAAGAAGCGAAAGGAAGAAUCGAUGAAGCAGGAAUCACUGAAGAAGUCGAUACGUUUAUGUUUGAAGGUCACGACACAACUGCAACAGUGCUCUGUUUCAUGAUCAUGAGACUGGCGAACGAACCUGAAAUACAGGAUUCGGUAGCUGAAGAACUAAAAAGUAUAUUUGGCGACAGUCAACGACCUCCUACCCUUGAAGACUUGAGUCAGAUGAAGUACCUGGACUGUUGUAUAAAGGAGUCGCUCCGUCUCUACCCCAGCGUGCACUUUAUGUCCAGAUGUUUUACUGAGGAUGUGAAGUUAGGCGAUGUCACAGUACCAUACGACACGAUGUGCCAUUUCAACGUGUUCGACAUACAUCGCAAUCCGGAUAUAUUCCCGGACCCGGAGAAGUUCAUACCGGAACGAUUUCUGCCCGAAAACUGUGUUUCGCGUCAUCCAUAUGCUUACAUACCAUUUAGUGCUGGUCCUAGAAACUGCAUAGGUCAAAAGUUUGCUCAGAUAGAACUCAAAGUAAUCAUGUCGAGUAUACUUCGAAGGUACAUAUUGGAACCUGUCACCAGAACAGAAGACCUGGUGUUCACUAUUGAUAUCAUUUUGAGGACCAAUCAUCCAAUCUAUGUACGUUUUCGUGAAAGAGAGCGUCGUGAUCCAGACUCGUCGAAACUGGCCGCGUGGUCGCUUAAACAUAUACAGGGUCAUAAUAUUCACAGCAUUCUGUUGCAACAACUGACAGUAUCACACGUGCUAAUCGCUGACAAAAUGGUCUUGUAUUUGAUAUGGGUCAUUGGCUUAAUACUUGUGGCGAUUCCCUUAUACUUGCGAUGGUGUCGCGCUGGCCGUUUAAUGGCCAAAAUUCCCGGUCCACCUGAACUGCCCGUGAUUGGAAACUUGCUGACUCUCUACAGAACUAAGGAGGAUUUAUUCACUGAUACAAGAUUAUUUAAUAAAAUGUAUGGGCCUCUCUGGAAAUUGCAAGCUUUCAAUUUGCGCGGAGUGGCUAUAUCUGAUCCUAAAGAUAUUGAGAUGAUACUCUCUUCCACCACUUACAAUGAAAAGAACUUGCCUUACAACUUUUUGUAUACUUGGCUUCGUGAAGGGCUGCUAGUGAGCAAAGGUGAAAAAUGGCACCAACGUCGAAAAUUGUUAACACCAGCCUUUCACUUCAAGAUACUCAACGAGCACUUCCAUAGUUUCCGGCAACAAACCCAGGAUCUACUGCGGGCCAUAGCAAAUGAACAUAAUGAGGCACAAGUUGACUUACAACUUUUAUUUACUAAAGCAACUCUUCUUGUUAUGUGCGAGACAUCACUUGGUACAAAAGUAGAAGACACGCCAGUUUUUGACAAAUAUCUAAAAUCCAUUCAUGAUAUGGGUGAAUGCGUUUUUCAAAGGUUGACCCAACCAUGGCUGGCAACCGACUUUAUAUAUAGCAUGUCAUCAAAUGCAAGAAGAGAAAAAUCUAUAGUUAAGGUAUUACAUGACUUUACAAAACAAAUUGUUGAGAAAAGGAGAGAGAACAGGAUGUUGAAUAGUAAAAGUGUGGUUGAAGAAAAUGUGUAUGAAAAGAAAAUUAAACCAGCAUUGCUAGAUCUCUUGCUGGAUGAAGAAGAACAAGGGAAUAUUGAUAUUGAGGGAGUCCUAGAAGAAGUGGACACGUUCCUAUUUGAGGGUCACGACACUACAGCAUCAGUGUUGACAUUCAUGGUCAUGAGGAUUGCCAACGAACCAGUAGCCCAGGACCGUAUAUACGAAGAGUUAAAAGACAUUUAUGGUGGCUCUCCGAGACAGUUGACUGUCGAAGACUUGAGCAAGAUGAGAUACCUGGAGUGUUGCAUCAAGGAGUCACUCCGGCUGUACCCGAGUGUACCGUUCCUUUCUAGAUAUAUUAAACACGAAGUUGACAUAGCUGGUUACACGAUUCCAAAGAAGACAUUUUGCAACAUCCACGUGUUUGACGUCCACCGUAACCCUGAAGUGUACCCGGACCCCGAGAGGUUUAUCCCUGAGCGGUUCCUUCCAAACAAUGUGGCCACUCGCAGCCCUUACAGCUACAUACCGUUCAGUGCGGGACCUAGGAAUUGUAUAGGUCAAAAGUUUGCCAUGAUGGAACUGAAGACAGUGAUGUCAGAAUUGCUGUGGAAGUAUCAGCUGGAACCGAUCACAAAGCCUGGAGAUUUGGUCUUCACAACAGAUCUAGUUCUUCGGACCAAUCAUCCUAUUUACGUACGAUUUAGACCAAGGGUGCAAUUGUAAUAAAAAGAGGUUGUAAUCGUGUUACACGUAAUUUUUGAAACUGUAUUCCAAAAAUAUAUUACAUUGUUUAUAACUACAUAAAUAUUUACAACUUAAAAUU